CAAAGCUGUGGCCUCCCCGACAACUGCUCCUCAGAGGGAGUGGCGCUCAUGCCAACAGUGAAUUCCUUUCUAUUCAGAAAGACCUACCGUGCUGUGCUCUUGCUGUGUGAUUUGGCCACAGUUUGCCUUCUCUUUAAUUUCGAGUCUUAAGCUGAAGAGCGCAGAAGGAGAAAAACUUUCAUCAAUGGCGACACAGUGUGUGACCAAGGUGGAGCUGACGGUCUCCUGUGAAAACCUCCUGGACAUGGAUGUGGGAUCCAAAUCUGAUCCCUUGUGUGUGCUGCAUAUGUAUACAUCUGGGAACCAGUGGUUUGAGGUUGAUCGCACAGAGAGAGUUAAGAACUGCCUGUGUCCAAAAUUUGCCAAGAAGUUUGUCAUCGAUUAUCACUUUGAAGUGGUACAGAAGCUCAAAUUUGGCCUUUAUGACAUAGACAAUAAAACCAUUGAUCUGACUGAUGAUGAUUUCCUCGGGGAGUUGGAGUGUACCUUGGGCCAGAUUGUGUCCAGUGGGAAGCUGACAAGACCACUAUUGAAGAAAAAAAGACCAGCAGGAAAAGGCACCAUUACGAUCAGUGCUGAGGAAAUCAAGGACAAUAGGGUGGUAAAUUUUGAAGUUGAGGCUAGGAAACUGGAUAACAAGGAUUUCUUUGGGAAGUCAGACCCCUAUCUAGAGUUUUACAGGCAAAUGGAGACAGGAUGGCAGCUUGCUCACAGAACAGAGGUGGUGAAGAACAACCUUAACCCUACAUGGAGACCUUUCAAAAUCCCUCUACAAUCUCUUUGUGGAGGAAACAUGGAAAAGCCAAUUAAGGUGGAAUGUUAUGACUAUGACAAUGAUGGGUCGCAUGACCUUAUUGGGAUUUUUGAAACCAACAUGACGCGUCUGCAGCAGGCUACGCGUGUUUCUCCGGCAGAGUUUGACUGUAUUAACAUGAAGAAGAAGCAGAAGAAGAAGAACUAUAAGAACUCUGGUGUUGUGAGCGUAAAAUUAUGCCAGGUUGUGAAGGAGUAUACUUUUCUGGAUUACAUCAUGGGUGGUUGCCAGUUAAAUUUUACUGUUGGAGUGGAUUUCACAGGGUCAAAUGGCGACCCAAAGUCUCCUGACUCUUUGCACUACAUCAGUCCUAAUGGAGUAAACGAGUACCUUUCUGCCAUCUGGUCUGUUGGCCUUGUGAUCCAGGAUUAUGACAGCGACAAAUUGUUCCCAGCUUUUGGUUUUGGGGCUCAGAUUCCACCACACUGGCAGGUGUCUCAUGAGUUCCCUCUCAACUUCAAUCCAUCAAAUCCAUUCUGUUCUGGCGUGGAGGGGUUGGUUGAGGCUUACAGGAUGUGCUUGCCCCAGGUCAGGCUUUAUGGCCCUACAAAUUUUGCUCCCAUAAUCAGACAUGUGAGCCAGUUUGCUCAGCAGGCGCUACAGCAGAACACGGCCUCACAAUAUUUUGUCCUGCUCAUCAUCACGGACGGUGUUAUCACAGACAUGGAUCAGACCCGCGCUGCCAUAGUAGCUGCCUCGCACUUACCCAUGUCCAUCAUCAUUGUGGGUGUUGGGGGGGCUGACUUCACUGACAUGGAGAUCCUGGAUGGGGAUGAUGGGCGUCUGAGGUCUCCAUCCGGAGAGCCCGCUAUACGGGACAUAGUGCAGUUUGUGCCUUACAGAAAGUUCCAGAAUGCACCCAGGGAAGCUCUUGCCCAGUGUGUUCUAGCAGAGUUGCCUGAACAACUUGUGUCCUACUUCAGACUUAAAAAACUUCAGCCUCCCUCUGAUCCAAAACCUUCAUAGACAUGCUCCCAAGGAGGCUCUGUCACAAUGCGUGCUGGCAGAGGUUCCUAAUCAGGUUGUCACCUUCUUUAACAUGUUAAAGCUCAGCCCUCUCAACUCCAGCACCCCUGUAGCUGCUGCUGGUGGAACCACAAACUGACCGCAUAGUGCAGCUUUGACACCGCUUAGUAAGAGACACCAGAACUUUUGCCUUGCUAAAAAAAAAAGUCCCUCUGUAGAAACCAUGUAGAUGAGUAUACAAGGACCAGAAUAUCAUUUAAAUACUCACUAAGUGCAUGUUUACAAAUAUUCACAUGUAUAUAUUCUGUAUGUACUCUUGCAGAUUGUAUGUUUUAUUUUUAAUCUGUUUUUGUUUACAUUGAAGAUGGUUUGAUACAUUGUUUCAAGCAGUGCCGUAAUUGUUUUUUUUAUUUAAAUGGUUUAUAUUUUUGAAACAUUUUAGGAAUUAUUUUAAUAUAGAGAGUGAAAGACAGGAGAUGUAUUUUUGCCAUGAAUUUAUGCAGUUCUUUUAAUGAAAAUUCUGUAAGCUUAAAUGUAACUUUGACUAUUAUGAGGGCUGCAAAAAGAUUUCCUAGCUGAAAUGCUUUGAAAUGCUCUGCUUUAAAGUAGGAGUGAGUCCUGCAGUCACCUUAAAUUAAUUGACAGUUAUUUCAUAUGACUCACACCAUUUAUCGAUUCAUACAUAGGUUGAAAUCAAACAAUGUUAACUGCAUGUAGCACAUACAUAUAUAUAGCACAGGAUUUACUGAAGAAUGUGGGGCAAGGUAUGGCGUUUUAGGUACAUUGCUGUCUGUGCAUUUUCAUGCUUUUGCAUUUUACAUGCAAGUAGUCCACUAUUGGUCAUGAUGUCUGGCCAGCUGUCUGAUAACAACAUCUGAAUAGGUAUUUCCAAUACAGGAAUACGUCCUGUGACCACUUCAGAUUUUUUUUCCAGCUCAUGAAGUGCCACUAAACCACUAAAAUGACUUUUCUCUUGCACAAUUCAGGAAAGGUGGGGUGUGCAUUUGUUUCCUUAUUAGUGAGAAGGAGGUUCAUCGUUUUACCUACAGGAUAUAUGGUCGCUCUUGGGACAAAACCUUGUAUCUCCCAAAUGGUAACUUUUUCAGGAGAACGAAAAAUCGUUUUACUUUAAAUGUGAUUUUAAAUUCAAAUAAUGUUUGAUCAGUUUUAUUGCUCCAUUCCUCAUGAAAUGUAAACAUAAUUUAAAGAGCAGCUUUCAUUUUCAAAUUAAGUAAAAAAAAUGGAAAAAUGACAGAAAUUGAGAUACAAAGUUUUGUCCCAACAGCAAUAUACAUAUACACAUAUAUGCAUUGUUUUAUAUGGAAGUAUGAUUUAGUAGAUGGCUGGAUGUGCAGGAGGCUAUGAAAGGGAAUUAAUAGUUCUAAACAGUGAAAGCUAGGACAAUAUUGCGUUGUUGAAAUUUGGAAAUAUAGUAGGAAACCUAACCUUUUGCUUUGUGCUGUGCCUUGUCUGAACCUUGAAUGUUUUUCUUUGUGGAAUUCAUGUCUAUUUGUGUAAUACACACUUUUCUUUGACUUUUAAUAUGUUAGUUUUCAGUCUUCGCUGUCUAACGUUCGAAAACACCUAGUCACCCUCAAACAGUGUGUGCAGGAUUGCCGAUUUGUUUUCCUGACAAGAACAGCAAAAAUCAUCUUUUGACUAUGAGCAUAAGUAUACAAAACCUUACUCCCUAUAUUCCACACCAAAGAUAAUUCUUGAGAAAUGUGUGUCUGUGUGUUUCUUUGUAUUAGAGUCAAUGAUUUUAGAGUUAUAUAUGCAAUCUAGAUGACAGUAUUACUAAAAUAAGACUAAGUUGCUGGAAAAUAAUUGUCUGUGACUAAGAUUUAUAUUAAAUAUAUUUGCAAAAAGAUUAUGAAGUUUUAAAAAUAUUAACUGAAUUUGACUGGACAGUAUUUUGGGCUUGUCUGUUUAAGUUUUGAAAAAUGAAGUUUGGUUUAAAGUAGUGCGUCAGUUGUACAGCAAGCAUUGUAAGCUAACAUAAUGAUAGCAUGCAAAUUCCUGUAAUGGACAACACUCAGAAGUGUGACAACGAACAUGAUGUAAACAUGAUUUUGCUUCUAUAUGUUUGCCCAGUUACAUUCCAUGUGGGUUAAUAUAAUAAACAGUUUAUUAUCUCUGUUAAGUGUAGUAACGAGUCACUGUUGUUGAACUUGAUAACAGUCAUAUUGAUGUGGAGACAUUGUAAAUGUAGGCUACUAGGACUGUUAUUGGUGAUCUUGUGAUUUUAUAUCACUGAGACCUUCUGUAGCUGCUGUUAGAUGCAAGUGAUUUGUACUUACUGCUAAAGUCAGAUGUGUUGUCAAACAUAUGAUUGCCAAGUAGCACUCCAUGUGCCUUAGUAUAAUAGACAGUGGAUUGUCUGUGUUGAGGGUUGUGUCUAGUUAUAAGUGACAGUUAUUGGGUUUAAUCACAGUCAUAUUGGAGACAUUGUAAGUGUAGGCUACCAGAAUGAUUAAUGAUCAUCUCUUGACUUUUAUUCAUUGUAUUACAGACUGUUUUAUUUUGUUAGAUCAAAGUACUUAUUGUUUAAGGAAGUUAUGUGGCCUUUGCCCAUCUCUGGAAAUGGGCUGAACUGGAAAGGUGCCAAACAUGAUACGUCUUUAAGACUUUACAAUUUAUAUAAUCAAAUUACACAUUAUUUAUAAUAUUUUGGCUUCUACAUAAUUUGCAUGAUAGAAUUGUAGAAUUCAACAGAACUGUACACCUUCAGGUUUACAUUGGUGAAUACUUUAUCUGUACCAAUUAUAAUAAAUAAACAUAAAAAUUGCCAACA